CGUACGGGAACGUCGGCUCCGGGCAUAACAACACACAAAUCUGGAACUUUGCUGCACAAGUACUCCUUUUGGUUCGAGCCGGGUUAUCGCACAAAUUCCGAACGAAAACCCACUUCCAGUGCAACCGGUGACGCUUAGUAUUGGAGUUGUGCAAACUUCCACAACCGCGUACUGGGCGAUCCUUCGAAAUCGCCGGAUUGUCUUUCCAUCCCAGUGAGUGUGUGUCGGCGCGCGACCGCCUAGUGAUAGAGAAAGGAGCAGCCGCGGUGCAGAAUCUGGAUACGAAUUUAUCACACAAUGGCCAUCAAGCCCGGCAUGGGAGGAAGGAAGGCUUCCAGCAAAAACCCCCCCUUCUUCAGCCACGAGUUUGUAAUACAAAACCAUGCGGACAUCGUGUCAUGCUUCGCGAUGAUCUUCGUCGUGGGAAUUAUGCUCCAGCCGACCCAAUCCGUAGCUAGUACCUUCAUUGCCUUACGCCACAAUGUAUCGGGGGCCGAUCCAACGCAAGAGAAUCCGAUGGGGGUCCAAUACCUGUAUACGUCCGGCUGGAAGGACGCCUGUGCCGUGUUCUUCUACACCCUCAUCUGCAUCAUCAUGCACGCGAUCCUGCAAGAGUACGUGCUGGAUAAAAUUUCCAAAAAACUGCAUCUGUCAAAGUUCAAACUGUCGCGCUUCAACGAGUCCGGCCAGUUGGUGGUGUUCUAUGCGAUGUCCUUCCUUUGGGGGCUGGAAUUGAUCAUUCGCGAGCAGUACGUUGGCAAUCUGCAGCGGCUCUGGGAAGGAUACCCGGAGCAUCCGAUGAUUUUUCUGCACAAGCUGUUCUUCAUCAUUCAGCUUGCCUACUACGCUCAUAUGCUGCCGGAGCUUUACUUCCAGAAGGUGAAACGAGACGAACAGAAACCCAAAAUCCAGCACGCGCUCGGAGGACUCUUCGUCAUCGGCACGGCCUACUUCCUUGGAUUCCAACGCAUCGCCCUGGUGCUUCUGACCCUGCACUACUUCUGCGAGUUCAUUUCGCACUCGUUCCAGUUGAUCGACAUUUUCGACAAGGAGGAAAAGUUCACGAAAUUGCGCUUGGUUCACAACGUCUUGUUCAUUCUUACGCGCUUUGCGACGAUGGUGCUGGCCCUGCUCACUCUGUUCUACAGCAUCGAGAACAUCACGCAAACCACGCGUGCAUUGAUGCUCUCCAUGGUGUUUGGUCUACAGGGAUAUUUAAUUUUCGAU